AAACUCUUGAUCUUUUUAAUUGGAUUGUAAAUUUAGACGACGAAAUGAUCCCGUCUGAUCAAGGUUUUGCUCAGGCACAAAGAUAACCAAUUCUCUAUUGCACUCACUCUACAACUAAGGAUGGUAUUAAUUGUCUAGUUUGUUUAAGUAUAGUAUGGAACUGGUUUGAUAAAUGUCUAAUCUUUAGUUAUUUUAUAAUUAUCAAAGUCUGAUUUGAUCAGUUUGAAUCUGAUCUAGCCGAUUAUAGUCAGGUUUGAUCUGUGCUGAAUACAGUCAAAUAAAAACAUCUUAAGAUUCCUUGUACAAGAGUGUACGCGAAUUUUGUAUCAGAAAUGCUUCGUGUACACAGGUUGUACACAACAUGUAUACAAAUUAAUAGAAUAUAUUUUAGGGAUAUGUGUAUCCUAAAUUAUAUUUAAGAAUAUUUGUUUCCUUUUGUAUCUUGAACUCUCUCAUUAUUUAUACACAUGCCAGGACUCCUAUUGGAGUACUCUUUUCCCAUUAUUCUCACAUGGUAUCAAGAGCCUAGAGAAAAACCCUAUUUUUUUCGUUCGUCCUCUUUGUCGCAGCCAUGUCGCAAGAAUUUUCCAUGGCGUCGCUGACUUCGGCCUUCCCUACGCCAUCGAUUUCAGUCGAGACGGCGGUCGGUGCUACUCCUACAACAGAUUCCUCCUCCCCUGUUAUCACGUCCGUUCCUCUGCACCACAUUCAACCGGCAGUCUCUCGUCCUUCUUCCAUGCCGCUGCAUAAUCUCGAUCCGGUUGGUCUUUCCAUGCCUCUGCAGUCCAACGAUCCUAUAUUUUCCUCUUACGCUGCCAGACCAUACCCGGCUGGGUCGGCAUAUUCCCUUUUCACCUCUCUGCCGCCCCAGUUUCCGUGGACUCCGGUGACUCCAUCUCCUCCUCCAGUGCAACAGCCUGCCUCCUCCUUCUUUGGGUCAACUUUUGCUGGUUCUCCAGGGGUGACUCGGCCACAGCAGGACAAUCCCUUAUUUGGGUCUCCUAUGGCAGCCUUGGCCCAGACCGUGUCUCAUGGAAUUGCUAACGUUGGACAGAUCGUGACAAUCAAGCUUAAAGCUGUUGAGGAUUACCUUACCUGGCGCACCCAGUUUGAGUCGUUCCUCGUCUCUCAAGGGCUCUUUGGCAUCGUUGAUGGCUCCAUUCAGGUACCUCCCAUGUACACUAUGGAUUUUAAUAAUCAUCACAUUGUUAAUACAGACUAUUACCAUUGGCUUCGUAUUGAUCAAACAAUUCACUCUUGGUUGUUUGCUACUUUAUCUCGGGAUGUAUUAACUGAUGUGCAUGAUAUUAAACAUUCUUCUCGUAUAUGGGAGCGUCUGCAAUCACGUUUUAUGUCUGCUAGUUUACCUAGAGCCAUGGAACUCAAACGUUUACUGUCCAACACUAAAAAGAAAGAAAAUCAAUCCAUGGAGCAUUAUUUGAGAGAUAUUAAAAAUUUGGCUGAUGCGUUAGCUACUAUAAAUUCUCCUGUGACUGAUAGAGAAUUACUUCAGUAUACUCUUAGUGGUUUGGGACCUGAUUAUAAAUUUAUUUCGGGUACUAUUUCUCUAUUUCCUGAGAGCUUUCCACCCGAUAUUCUUCAUCCACGACUUAUGGAAGCGGAGCAGCAGGUUCUUUAUCAGCGUCAGCAAGACAAUUUGCCUGUUCAACAGGCCUUUGGAGCUCAAGUGGGUCCCGCUCAGCAUGGACAGAAUGGACAGCCGGGCGCAUACCGCGGCAGAGGAGGCCGCGGCAGAGGCGGUCGCGGCAGAGGAGCCCGUGGCCGAGGUAGGUACCAGCCGCAUCACUUUUAUCCCCAGCAACCACAUAGCCAGCAGGGACCGCCGCCUUCGGCCGCAGGGGGUGCAGUGUUUCCGAGACCUCCUAAUGUCACAUUUGGUAAAUCUGUCAUGUCCACUUUAAAUAUUAAUGCUAAAUCUACUUGUGGUACUCAUUAUGCAUAUGCAGGUUCUUCAUCAGCUGAGGGUAUUCUUGGGUCUGUCCCACCUCCUGUCGUGUGUCAAAUCUGUUUUUCUGCAGGUCACUCUGCCAUUGCUUGUCUAUCUCGGUUUUCUCAACAAUCUGCCCCUGCUCUCUUGACUCCUACUGGUGAAAAUAAUGAUGCUUUGUGGUAUCCCGACUCCGGGGCUUCUGCUCACAUGACCUCCUCGGAAGGACAAAAUUUCGGGGGCGGUUCUGCUUCGGGCACAUCGUAAUGGACAUCUCUAUCCUAUCAGCCUCAGCCAUUCAGCACCUCUAGCUUUAGCGUCUUCUGUUAUUUCUGGCCCUGUGUGGCAUCGUAGAUUAGGACAUUGUGGUGAAAACAUUUUGCGCAUGUUGCGUGCUAAAAAUUUUAUUUCUGGUUCUAUUCAUUUUGAUCAUGACUGUAUUUCUUGCCGAUUAGGCAAAUCUCAACGAUUACCUUUCUCAGAUGCUAGCCAUGAUUCUUCUUCUCC